AGGGAAUCGAUCUUACCGAUUUUCGUCGCGAAGCGACGAAAAUCGGGAUCGAAUCCCACUACGGUAACAUACGAGGGUAUCCAAACAACACAUACUAUCCAAAUAAAAAAAUAUGGAGUUCCGGUUUAGACCAUGGGCGUGCGACGACCCCGAUGAAAUUCGGGAUAUCACGGUCUUCUAAAAUGUUAAUAAGCGUCCGUCCGAUCAGUAGGCGAAACGCAAUAUCCGCACAAUAAGAUGUCUGCGACCCGAAAGAAUAUUCAAAAAUAUGGACGGCACUCCAGUACAGCAUGUGCAUGGUUGGACCUGUUGACAUUUUUAGAAACGCAUCUUGGUCUAUUAUACAGAGUAUUGUUGUACUGCUCCAAAGUGCUUGUUGACAGACUGAAACCACUUGCUUGCGAGCAUAAGGUUCACUUCUUGAGAGCAGGCAGCUACAAAAUGGAAGGUCAACAAAUACACUACAGUAUACUUGAAAAGCAAGAAAGAAACACCAGAAAAUAUAAAAAGACAGAAGAACAAGGGGACUUUAAUAAAAAAAAACUUUUAAGGAUAGGAAUUCAGGAUUUACUUAGAAACUAAAUUUAUUUUGAGAACAGCAGUGUUUGACUAAGCUCUGUUACUUUAAGAGAUAACGUAUUA